UUGAACUCACAAGCUGCAUUAUUGCUUAAAGUGUGUCUUCGGUUUUCUCUUGCAAAAUUUCACAAGAAUCUGAUUGCUUAAAAUUUGAUGGCAAUAGCAAUCGAGCUUGAUCAUGUUUGCCAUGAUCAUCCACUAGUACUCAACGAAGAUUUCGAUAGUAGCAGCAUUGCAGCACCAAUUGUGUGCUGUAUAUGUGAUACUCCGAUAAUAGGACUCUCUGCUGCAUACACAUGCUCUCUUCAGCAUUCUCCUUGUUCAUUUUUCCUGCACAAAAGAUGUGCAGAAUCACCCCAACGCGUCAUUCACCAUAUGCAUUCGCAACACCAGCUUGACCUCUGUUAUGAUAAUUUUUACUUUGGAAAGGUUAAGGGGAAAUUUUCUCCUGAAUUUGUCAAAAUCUCUUGUGCAGUUUGUACAGGCCAGAUAAAUAAAAACAGCGCAAAAUGUGUUGUGAUGGAGUCGGUGCUGGAUCACGAGGGACACCAGCACCACUCGCUUCCAUUACUGCGCAGGACAGCGUGUUUCUCCUGUGAUGCUUGUGGGAUUAAAUCUGAAGAAUUUGGUUCUUAUAUAUGUCAUUCUUGUCACUUCUGGAUCCACAGCAGCUGCGCUUUAUACCCUCGCACCAUCAGACUCCGAAUUCAUGAGGACGAUACAUUGCAGCUCAUUUAUUCUAUUCCAGAAAUGUACAGGAGAUUCAUUCGGCAUUGCCCCAUCUGCAGCCAAGGACUCGAGCAAAAGUACUGGGCCUAUUUCUGUGAGGAGUUCGGAUAUUUUGUUCACAUCAAGUGUGCUGCUGCUUUAUUAGCGUCCGGGAAAAACAUGAUUGAAAUUGCAGAUGAUGAUGAGCAAACAUUUUCUAAUCUGAUGCAAUUUCCACUCCCGAGAACAGAGUCAUUGAUGGAGAAUAUAAUAGCAGUGGACCGAUCAGGCAACCUGAGUCCUCAAAGGAACGCAAUAGAAGAUGAAAUUGAUAAUAGCGAGGAGAGUCCACUGAUCAAUCACUGGAGUUAUCCAGAGCAUAAGUUGUUUCUUUUGGAAGAACUUGAAAAUGCUCAUAACAGUGAAGAUGAUGAUGAUGAUGAUAAUGAUGAGGAUGAAGCGAUCCGUUUAGCAGCAGAGAAGAAGAAGAUGAGACAUUAG